CUGCCGCUGCUGCUGCUCGUCGUGUGCUGCUAGUAGUCGUUGUCGUCUUUCACAUCUCCUUCCUCGGGCGUGUUCGUGGAAGGAGACCGACGCGACGGAUGUCAAAGAAGGUGAGGAAGAUGGAAAGCCUUCUGAAGAAGAGCACGAUGUCGGUAGGGGCGGUGGGAUCUUCACGACAGCGAUGCAGUGGUGUGGAAGGUGGCAGGCGGCCAUAUGACCUGAUGUUGUGCAGCCAACUACCGUCCCAUGAGAUUCCAUUGCCUCCGAGUGACGACGACCUCGACAAGCCUCGAUCCUCGACGGUUCAUCCUAGCUGUGGUUCGAUGCAAGAUUGGAUGCGGAGCCAGUCGUACAGACAGCCGACGACGCCCACGUACACAGAGCUGCUGGAGGGACGGACCCCGACUGGCUAUCACGCUGGACUCUUCGAUCUCAGCUUCGGUUUGAGGUCUGGCAGUGGUGUGGUUGUGACACACACCGCUGUCGUCAAUCCAGUUGCAUGCAAUAAUCACACACAAGCUUCGGUGAUGGCAGGGGGGCUUCCGGAUAACCGUUGCGGGUGUUCUCAUGAGUUGACCGACGAACAAGGAAUCGUUUCCCCGAAGCGCGGGGGAGGGAGCACUAUAGAGGUGGCCGCUUCAAGGACGAAGACAGUGGGCGUGGCGGCUUGUCGAUUGACGACACCCAACGAAGCAGUCGACGGACUGCAGGACGACGAUGACUGCUCUGCUACAGAGGUGAUGGGUCGGCAGGUUUGGGACAAUCGUCGGUGAGAAAUUCAGCAAGCGAGCACUUGCGGCAUCACUAGAGGGGUGGCGAAAAUGAACUUCGAGGGAAAUG